GCUCCCGACAGGAUCCUAGGCCGCUGCUGAUCAAACACGGUGCGCGCGCUACACUGAGCAGCGGCUCGGUUCCUGGUUCUUGUGAACGGCGGUGCUUCGAAGUUCCGUCCAGUUCAGUGGAGCUCGGCGGCUUUCGGCUUUGCUGAAUCCUGAGCGUAGACGCCUGCAGUGCGAUAUCAUCAGAUAGAUUUGUGCGUGCACACGAUGAAAACAGCAUUUCUAUUUGACUUCUCACUGCUCAUCGGGACCGCAACAGAGCGACACGAUCUUCCUGCCAUCCAGUAUAACCGUUCAUUCCUGCUUCUCUGUCGCGUAUUAAACCAGAUUCAGGAAUAGAUACGAGACCUGUGAGUCCUCAGCCCAGAACCAGACAACCGUCAUGUUUAGCACCCAGCGGCUGUGCUCCAUUACUGACUUUGCCACUGAAUAGACAGCUGAGGACAUUGUAUACUCUGAGCAGACUUGGUCACGAAUGCCGCUGCAGGGAGUAGAAGAUCUGUCAGUCGGACCAAACAGAAUAUCGGGGCAAGCCUGUGACUGUGACUUUGAACCUUCAGAGACUGUCAGCUGAUCCAGCAGGAGUCCAGCACCAGCAGCUCGUGGACACUGAAGUGUGUGGAGCCGGGGAGCGGCAGGCUCGGGCUCAGCAGAAGCUCUUCACUAUGGAUGUGGAUGAGGAGGAGAACAUGAGUUCCUGCAGCACCGAUGUCAAGGAAAACCGCAACCUGGACAACGUCUCCUCCAAGGAGGGGGCAAGCAUGCCCGAGCAGCUUCCCAAUGGCAGCGGAGGAGGUGGGCGCAAGCGCCCCCUGGAGGAAGGCAAUAAUGGUCAUGCACACCCCAAGUUCAGACCCAAGAAACGCAAGAAAACUCCAGGGCCCGUUCUUCCCAAGAACGCUCUCAUGCAGCUGAAUGAGAUCAAGCCGGGCCUGCAGUACAAGCUACUCUCUCAGACUGGGCCGGUCCACGCGCCAGUCUUUGUCAUGACCGUCGAGGUGAACGGGCAACUUUUUGAAGGCUCAGGCCCCACUAAGAAAAAGGCAAAACUGAACGCAGCUGAGAAAGCGCUGCGCUCCUUCGUGCAGUUCCCCAACGCUUCAGAGGCACAUCUGGCCAUGGGCCGAACGCUCACCGUCAACACGGACUUCACCUCAGACCAAGCCGACUUCCCCGACAUGCUCUUCAAUGGCUUUGAGACUCCUGCACCACCAGAGGACUCCUUUUACCUUGGCUCGAACUCCAAUGGUUCCCUAAACCCACUGGGAGAAUACCCCGUUCCCCCAGUGACUGGUACCAACAGCCUGGCCCAGGCCCCACUGCCUCCUCCCUCCACCUUCAACACAUCGUCCAGUGGAAAGAACCCCGUCAUGAUCCUGAAUGAACUGCGGCCGGGCCUCAAAUACGAGUUUGUGUCGGAAAGUGGCGAGAGCCAUGCGAAAAACUUUGUCAUGUCCGUGACCGUGGACUCGCAAACCUUCGAGGGAUCAGGGAGGAACAAGAAACUGGCCAAGGCGCGUGCUGCUCAGGCCGCACUCUCUGCUCUCUUCAACAUGCAGCUGGACCAGACACCAUCUCGCCAGCCAAUCCCCAGAGAGGGCCUACAGCUACAUCUACCCCAGGUUUUAGCAGAUGCUGUCUCACGUCUCGUGGUGGACAAGUUCAGCGAGCUCACUGACAACUUCACGUCCCCUCACGCACGGAGGAAAGUGCUGGCUGGGGUUGUCAUGACAACAGGCACUGAUGUGAAGGAGGCCCAGGUGAUCUGCGUCUCCACUGGAACCAAGUGCAUAAACGGCGAGUACAUGAGCGACCGUGGCCUGGCACUUAACGACUGCCACGCUGAAAUCAUCGCCCGCCGCUCCCUUCUCCGCUACCUAUACAUGCAGCUGGAGUACUUCCUCAGUAACAGCAAAGAGGAGCAUGAGAAGUCCAUUUUCACCCGGUGUGAGAAACAUGGCUACCGGCUCAAGGACAACGUUCAGUUUCACCUGUACAUCAGCACAUCACCAUGUGGAGACGCUCGCAUCUUCUCCCCACAUGAGGCCGGCGUUGAAGAUCAGGGAGACAGACACCCAAACAGGAAAGCUCGGGGUCAGCUGAGAACUAAGAUCGAGUCAGGCGAGGGCACCAUCCCAGUGCGCUCCAGCAACACCAUCCAGACAUGGGACGGAGUUUUGCAGGGGGAGAGACUCCUCACCAUGUCCUGCAGUGACAAGAUUGCCAGGUGGAACGUGGUGGGGAUCCAGGGCUCGCUGAUGAGCUACUUCACUGAGCCCAUCUACUUCUCGAGCAUCAUCCUGGGCAGCCUGUACCACGCUGAUCAUCUCUCCCGGGCCAUGUACCAGCGCAUCGCAGACAUCGAACACCUGCCCCAGCAAUUCACCCUCAACCGGCCUCUGCUCAGCGGAAUCAGUAACGCAGAAGCACGGCAGCCAGGAAAAGCUCCUAACUUCAGUGUGAACUGGGCGGUCGGUGAUCAAGGUUUAGAGGUGAUUAACGCCACCACGGGUAAGGACGACAUGGGCCGGCCUUCUCGCCUCUGCAAGCAUGCUCUCUACAGCCGCUGGGUUCGACUGCACUCAAAGUUCUCGUCCACCUUGCGGAUCAAAGUGGCCAAACCGAGCUCGUACCACGAAGCCAAGCAGGCAGCCGUGGAGUAUCACGCCGCCAAGCAGACGCUCAUCAAGGCUUUCCAGAAAGCAGGGUUGGGGGCCUGGGUGAAAAAGCCUAUUGAACAGGACCAGUUCUCUCUGAGCUCCUGAAGGGAACACAAGAGGGACAGAGCAGAGAUCUGAAUGACAUGAUGACAACCAGCUGUUGAUACUUCACUUUGUGUGUGUGUGUGUGUGUGUGUGUGUGUGUGUGUGUGUGUGUGUGUGUGCUCGACCGUGUUGACUUCCAGCCAAUCCACAGCCCUUUAGUCUCACACUUUGCUCUCGUCACUCAUCCCAUCAUGGACCUGAUUUUUUUUUUCCCAUUUGUAACGUCGUCUGUUGUUUGUAACAAACGCCCGUGUUUGGGGUCGUACCAUCAACCCCAGAGCGUGGAACAGGACACAGUGAUAUGGUUCACAACUGGAAAAUACAAUAUUUGUCACUUUAUUCCUGUUAAAUGGCUUAGGAUCGCUUGCAGCCCAUAGUGCUCAUGUUCGGUGGCCUCAGACUGACCGUGUAUGCAGGUUUAUGCUCAUCGUUGUCUCUCGUAGUUCAGACACCGUUACUGAAAAGCAUCCGUCUGUUUUUUAACCAAUCUCUCUUUUAGUCGACAAGUCGAAACCUGGACUGCGUACUUUUACCUGCGUUGUUUUUUAAAACAUCCGUAGUCACUUUCCCCAUAUGAUGUACGGUAGGAGUAGUUUAGUUUAGUGAAUUUAGUAAGUGGGAUUUUUUUCUACAAGUCAGAUGGGCUUGUGUUCUCCCCUUUAAAUUUUUUAACAUAUGCUGGAAUCGAGUAUUCAUUUAAACGUGUAAAAUGCAGCCAAAGUUCAUCGUUUUCAUUCACUUUCAUGCGUUCCAUCUCAGCGUCUCCAUCGCAUGUUUGGAUCGUGUGCUCUGGUGCGAGUCACUCUGACAUGGUGCCCAAACCUUUUUUUUCUGGGCAAGAUGUAGAAGACUUGAUGAUGAUGAUGAUGAUGAUGAUGAUGACGCUGCCUUCUUUUGACCAUUUUAGAAGUUUCGAUGUUUAGGUACUUUUACAGAAUGAUGCCUCGUCUUUUUUAAACUGCAUGGAGAACAUUUGUGUGUAAGGAGCUAGGUUUUGUAGCUACUGCAAUGUCAGUCUGUUCAUUCGCAUUGAUUAUUGUACAAGCAGAUGGUAGAUUGUGAUAACACGCUGCCUCCUGAUUGGGGUAAAGCAGCGAUUCUCAGCUGUGCACGUUUCUUGUCUAAAGCUGUCUCUCUGCAUGGAAAGAGUGGACGGUUUUCAAUUGGGGCUUUUUUGUUUGUUUUUUGUUCAUUAAAUAUUUUAGUGCCAGUUUUUCGUUUCUUGUUUUUGUUCUUUGGCGCAGAUUGUCCAUAUUUCUGAAUUCUGCUGCAUCCCUGCUUUUAUGCAAGAUUCCUUUCCUGCUGUUUACAAGCUUGUGCACUGUUCGAUUAAUGACCAACAAACAGCAGCAUGUUCGACUGAUCCCGAAAUCAUAUUAACAAGGGCAUGAUUUCUCUAAUAAUCGUUUUUUUUCCUUUUCUUUUCUUUUUUUUUAACAGCAGCUUUCUUUCCCAAGUUAAAAAAGGAGCCUCGACGUUCUAUGGUUUUCGUCUUAUUUGCGAGGCAGCAGCUCCAAUUGACAAAAGUGAAUAGGAAGGCCAUGGCUCGAUAUUAAAAUAAACGAAUCGGUGAAAAUAUUUCACAUUUAAAAUGCUGUUUUUCACUUCUGGAAUGCAGCUUAGUCACAUGACCUCUGCAGCCCAAACACCACUGGACUUAUCUGAUUCUCUCUCACAACUGUAUAGAGAGAUGGUGUUAUAUUUAGUGUGUGUGUGUGUGUGUGUGUGUGUGUGUGUGUGUGUGUGUGUGUGCGCACCUGCUGCUGAGCCCAACCGGCACUCUGUCGAGAUGUCAUGGCAACAGGACUUGGAGAUUGCUGUUGAAUCUUCACCAAAGAUGAUGUCUGUCUCUCUCUCUCUCUCUCUUUCUAUCUUUCUCUUUCUCUCUCUCGCUUUCUCUCUCGCUCUCUCUCUUUUUUGGUUGUUUUAAGGUGAAAAAAGUGUAAACUUUAUUUUUUAAAAACCGUUAUUAAUGCAACAUUCAGUGGGAAUCUUCUAAAACCGGUCAUCAAGGUUUUGUAUAUUCAUUUACUAAUAUAUUUUGAGUUAGUAUAACUGACUAUGUUUGUGUUUUGCAGUGAUAUAAGAGCAGCUCCUUUCUCUGUGUUUCUGUACCUGUUAGUUUACAACUGUAAAUAUCGUCAACCUCUCUGUUGUUGCCAUGGACACACUGCAUAUAGUUCUGGUCGUUCUAAACGAGUAUUUCUCCAUUACGCAUUUGCAGGAAAAAAAAAAAAAAAAGAAACUUGUAUGGAAAUUGUAGUUUCUCUAACACUUGUUUUCUUUUCAUUAAAUGCAUUGUAAUGGUUUGUUUUGA